AUGGGAGUGAAGUCUUACCACUCAUCCUUCUCCUCUCCAGUGAAGUCUUACCACUCAUCCUUCUCCUCUCCAGUGAAGUCUUACCACUCAUCCUUCUCUUCUCCAGUGAAGUCUUACCACUCAUCCUUCUCCUCUCCAGUGAAGUUUUAUCACUCAUCCUUCUCCUCUCCAGUGAAGUCUUACCACUCAUCCUUCACCUCUCCAGUGAAGUUUUACCACUCAUCCUUCUCCUCUCCAGUGAAGUCUUACCACUCAUCCUGCUCCUCUACAGUGAAGUUUUACCACUCAUCCUUCUCCUCUCCAGUGAAGUCUUACCACUCAUCCUUCUCCUCUACAGUGAAGUUUUACUACUCAUCCUUCUCCUCUCCAGUGAAGUUUUAUCACUCAUCCUUCUCCUCUCCAGUGAAGUCUUACCACUCAUCCUUCUCCUCCACAGUGAAGUUUUACCACUCAUCCUUCUCCUCUCCAGUGAAGUCUUACCACUCAUCCUUCACCUCUUCAGUGAAGUCUUACCACUCAUCCUUCUCCUCUCCAGUGAAGUCUUACCACUCAUCCUUCUCCUCUCCAGUGAAGUUUUAUCACUCAUCCUUCUCCUCUACAGUAAAGUUUUACCACUCAUCCUUCACCUCUCCAGUGAAGUCUUACCACUCAUCCUUCUCCUCUACAGUGAAGUUUUACCACUCAUCCUUCUCCUCUCCAGUGAAGUCUUACCACUCAUCCUUCUCCUCUACAGUGAAGUUUUACCACUCAUCCUUCACCUCUCCAGUGAAGUCUUACCACUCAUCCUUCUCCUCUCCAGUGAAGGUUUACCACUCAUCCUUCUCCUCUACAGUGAAGUUUUACCACUCAUCCUUCUCCUCUCCAGUGAAGUCUUACCACUCAUCCUUCUCCUCUACAGUGAAGUUUUACUACUCAUCCUUCUCCUCUCCAUCUUACCACUCAUCCUUCUCCUCUCCAGUGAAGUUUUACCACUCAUCCUUCACCUCUCCAGUGAAGUCUUACCACUCAUCCUUCUCCUCUCCAGUGAAGUCUUACCACUCAUCCUUCACCUCUCCAGUGAAGUCUUACCACUCAUCCUUCACCUCUCCAGCGAAGUCUUACCACUCAUCCUUCACCUCUCCAGUGAAGUCUUACCACUCAUCCUUCUCCUCUACAGUGAAGUUUUACCACUCAUCCUUCUCCUCUCCAGUGAAGUCUUACCACUCAUCCUUCUCCUCUACAGUGAAGUUUUACCACUCAUCCUCCUCCUCUCCAGUGAAGUUUUAUCACUCAUCCUUCUCCUCUACAGUGAAGUUUUACCACUCAUCAUUCACCUCUCCAGUGAAGUCUUACGACUCAUCCUUCUCCUCUCCAGUGAAGUCUUACCACUCAUCCUUCUCCUCUCCAGUGAAGUCUUACCACUCAUCCUUCUCCUCUCCAGUGAAGUCUUACCACUCAUCCUUCUCCUCUCCAGUGAAGUCUUACCACUCAUCCUUCACCUCUUCAGUGAAGUCUUACCACUCAUCCUUCUCCUCUCCAGUGAAGUCUUACCACUCAUCCUCCUCUCCAGUGAAUUCUUACCACUCAUCCUUCUCCUCUCCAGUGAAGUCUUACCACUCAUCCUUCUCCUCCACAGUGAAGUUUUACCACUCAUCCUUCUCCUCUCCAGUGAAGUCUUACCACUCAUCCUUCACCUCUUCAGUGAAGUCUUACCACUCAUCCUUCUCCUCUCCAGUGAAGUCUUACCACUCAUCCUUCUCCUCUACAGUGAAGUUUUACCACUCAUCCUUCUCCUCUCCAGUGAAGUCUUACCACUCAUCCUUCUCCUCUACAGUGAAGUUUUACCACUCAUCCUUCUCCUCUCCAGUGAAUGAAGUCUACCACUCAUCCUUCUCCUCUCCAGUGAAGUCUUACCACUCAUCCUUCUCCUCUCCAGUGAAGUCUUACCACUCAUCCUUCACCUCUCCAGUGAAGUCUUACCACUCAUCCUUCACCUCUCCAGUGAAGUCUUACCACUCAUCCUUCUCUUCUUCAGUGAAGUCUUACCACUCAUCCUUCUCCUCUCCAGUGAAGUCUUACCACUCAUCCUUCUCCUCUCCAGUGAAGUCUUACCACUCAUCCUUCUCCUCUUCAGUGAAGUGUUACCACUCAUCCUUCUCCUCUCCAGUGAAGUCUUACCACUCAUCCUUCUCCUCUCCAGUGAAGUCUUACCACUCAUCCUUCACCUCUCCAGUGAAGUUUUACCACUCAUCCUUCACCUCUCCAGUGAAGUCUUACCACUCAUCCUUCUCCUCUUCAGUGAAGUCUUACCACUCAUCAUUCUCCUCUCCAGUGAAGUCUUACCACUCAUCCUUCUCCUCUCCAGUGAAGUCUUACCACUCAUCCUUCACCUCUCCAGCUCAUGGCCAAGACACAGUGUGCAUUUUGUAG